AGUAGUAUAUUCUUUGGUCGAUACAAUUACGAAAGGCACAUCUAGAAAUCGAAAUUAACUGUUAAAUAAUAUAAAUCAAUGUGAUAUUACACACUUGGUUUAAAAAUAAUAUAAAAAUUAUACUCUUGUACUUAUCUAAGCAACUUAAGAUUCUCGUUUUCGUGUUUUAAACUUUUCGGUUUCUACAGGCGGCCAUUAUGAUUUUGCAUUGCUAGAAUAGUUUAUAACUUUCUACAUCUCGUGUAGUUUACUCGGAGUUUAUUUAUUAAUAUAAAUAAUAUAUAUUUUUAAGAUGUCUAGUUUAAGAACAAGUUAUACCCAGUUUUCGAUUAUGGUAGAGUUCAUGGAGAAAAACGGGGAUUUAUCGAAGUGUCAAAAUUCACCAAGUGGACGACUGUGGACAAUGAAAAAGUGGCAAGAGUUAACAGAUAUGCUCAAUAGUCAAGGUACUCGAGAAGCUCGUAGUGAAGAAAAAUGGCGAAAAGUCUGGAGUGACUUUAAAAAUAAUACUAAAAGAAAAUUAGCUAAAAUAACUCACUCUUUACAAGGCAGGGGUGGUAGACCGACCACAAGCAAAUGUCUCACGGAACUAGAGCAAAGAGCUCUUGCAAUUACUGGUAUCCUAACAACUAUUGGCCCAGCAACUGAAAGUUUUGGCAGUGGGGAAUGCACUAUAGAAGUGGAAGAAAAGAAUAUUAAUCCUACUUUUGAGAACCUAAUACUAGUUCCAACUACAACAGCCCUCGUUACAGAUGGUGCAGAUUGGAAUAAUUCUGAGUCCAGUAAAGAUAAAGAUGAAGAAUCAAUACUACCAAUGUCCACCAUGUCACCUCUAAGAAUCAAAACUUCUCCAAAAUCAUCUCCUCCUGACUCUCCUCAACCAUACCUUCAACAAAAAAGAAAGAUGGAUGACAGAGAUGAUGAUGAAGAUGAAUAUUUAGCUAGACGUGCAUCUUCACCAAAGGAGGAAACCAGAGAGAGAGAUAGGAUGUAUGUUGAGUUAGAGAAAGAGAAGUUGUAUGCAGAGUUGGAAAAAGAAAGAAUUCGUCAGAGGGAUGUUGAGCUUCGACAACGUGAUACUGCAUUACAAUUGCAAGCUCAGUGGUUGGAGUUAGCAAGAUCAGGCUUGAAUAUUUUAGAUAAAUAUUUGAAUGACAAGAAAUAAAUGUGAGAGAAUUAAUGGUUAGAAACAAAUGUGAAAUAAAAUGUCUGGGAAAUGACAUGAAAAAGCUAUGCCUUUUAUGAUAAAGAGUGAUAUCAACUGCCACCACCUUUGAAAGUGCUAGCAGCUUUGUUAUAGACAUACAUCCUGCGUAGAGAGGUCUUCCACACAUUGAAAAGAGAGUUUUCGUUUUUCUGCAUAGAUGUAUGAAGAAAAUAUUAGAUUAGACUUAAUUAUUUUUGUAAAUACAUGGAGCUAAUUCAAACCUAAAAUAAACUGGUUUUAAAGA